GCACGCGAGCAGUUUUUGAAGUAUAUAGUUCCCUGAUACUUCCCACGAUGGAGGACAUCAUCAGCAUCGCAAACCACAGUCUUCACUACUCCACAACAAUACAACACCAAUCAAACUUUACAACUCUCGCUUGAGAUUACCACCUACCGCAAACAUGCACUUCCAGAAGCUCGCCAUCGUCUUUGCUCUUUCCGCCAUCGGUCUUGCUCAGGAUGUCGACAACGACGAUGUCCCCAUGCAGUGCCGCGAUGUCUGCGCCUCGGUCGUUACACUGACCCGUGACUGUGACAACAGCACCAGUAAGUAUAUCUCGUUGGUAACAUAACACACGAAUACUAACUAGACACUUCAGACGACGAUGCCGCUGAGCGCCAGUGCAUCUGCAACGCCCAGAACGCCAAUACCGCCAUCCCCCUCUGCGCCGCCUGCAUCACCCAGAACGGCGGAGAGCUUGACAACGACGUCUCCGAUAUUGUCCGCGAAUGCUCCUUCAGCGCCACUUCCUACAACCCCUCGGCCGCUUCUACAGCCCCUCCGGCUUCUGCUUCCG